GUGAAGUAUUUUGGGACCCGACGUUUCCCAUCCCACCCGGAUAUGCACCAGUAAUCCCCCCUGCAAUUACAGUCAACAAUUUUACUAUUGACUUGUACUGGAUACAACAAACAGCUUUAAAAUCUAAAAUAUCAUUAUUUAUCAAUAAUAACAAUUCAUCACUAAUUUCACAACAUUCUUGUUCAAAGAAGUCAUUUAACUAUAAAAAAUCACCAUGUAAAUCACCAUUGAAAUUAAAUUAUGUUCAUAAAAUUUAUAAUUCUACACCGCCAUCAAAUAAUUCAUCAUUACUUGUUAAAGAAAAACCAAUAUCUAAAAAAUUUAAUGAAAUAAUUAACAUUAUAAAAGUUAGUGAUAUGUUAAAUGAUUUUACAGGAUAUUCUGUUGUAGAAGACUUAAAGAAAAAGGUUAUUCAGCAAGAGAAUAAAUUGGCAGAAGCACGAAAACAACUUGAAGAUGCAAAACUUUCAUAUGAGAAUGCCAUAUCUAUAAGAUCAAAUACACAACGUGAAGUUAGUGAAUUAUUACAACAUAAACAUUUAUGGACAAAUGAUGAUGUGAUCAGAUUUACAGAAUUGUAUCGUAAUGAACAUUUAAAUGAACAAAAAGAGAUGGCAGCCAAAGAUGAAUUUCAUAAAUGUGAAAAAAUGGUCGAGACAGGUUACACCAAAUUGACUAGGAUGAUGAUGAUGAGGUAUCAUGAAGAACAAGUUUGGAGUGACAAGAUUCGUAGUGCAUCUACAUAUGGUACAAUUUCCUUGAUAUUGCUUAAUUUUAUAUUGUUUAUUUGUGUACAAACUGUUUUUGAACCAAGAAAAAGACAAAAAUUGGCUGAUAAAUUUGAAGAAUUACUUAUUAUAAGAUCAAAUGAAGAAGAGGGUAGACUUAAAAAUGAUAUUUUUCAAUUACUUAAAGAACA